AUGGCUUCUCUUAAAAUGGACAUUAAUCGACUUAAGAAAGAUGAAUUAAUUUUUGAAUUAGCUAUACGUGGAGUCACUUGCGAUGAAACAAAAACGGUAGAUGAGUUACGCACUUGUUUGAGACCUUUGUUAAGGCUUGAAAAAUCAGAUACGUCUUUGAGUUACCCCGAGUAUAAUUUAAAUAUUGAUGAUGAGUUGAAAACGAUUCGUGAUAAGUGUUUAGAGUUACAGGGAUUAUUAGAUAAACUUCUUUCUGGUACGCUUAAACAGAGUCCUGAAGUUAUUAGAAGUAGAUUAUACCAUGUUCUUCAUCGUAUUGAUCAGAUGCCAACUAGUUCGUUAACUUCUGAACAGAGUCAACUACGUUCUGCUUAUCUUUCUGAUAGUUUGAAGUUAUUAGAUUUCCUUGAUAAUUUUAUGUCACGUGAUGUUGCUGGUGGAUAUGAAUCCGUAUUUUCUGAGGCUGCAGCUCAAGGUAAUGUGUCUGUUGAUAGUAUUGUAGAUCCGGCUGCCUCUGCGCUUAACUCUACUCGUUCUCCUCCCCCUCCUUCUUCGUCUCAACCUGUUCAAAAAUGGAAUUUAAAAUUUUCUGGUGACCCUAAAGGACUUUCUGUUCACAAUUUUCUGGAAAGAGUCCAAGAGCUUAGUAUAGCUCGAAAUGUUAGCGUACAACAAGUUUUUGAGUCUGCUAUUGAUCUGUUUGAGGGAAAAGCUCUCCUUUGGUUUCGUUCGAAUAAGGAUCGUGUUUCUAAUUGGGAAGAGUUACGUCGAUUAUUGAUAAGACAUUACGAACCUCCAGAUUAUAAAGAACGACUGUUUGAUGAAAUUUUGUCUCGCACCCAGGAUCCUUCUGAAAGCUUUAUCGAAUAUUUUUCUUGUAUGCUUUCAAUGUUUCGUCGCUAUGGGACAGUAGCAGAAGAUGUGCAGUUACGAUUAAUUACUAGGAAUUUAGCCCCUUUCUAUAUUAUGCAACUUCCUGUUGUCAAUUCAUUGUCUGAGUUAGAGGAUGAGUGUCUUAAAUUAGAAAAGAAAAAGUAUAGAGCCGACAACUAUCGUCCACCCGCUAGGAAAAGGAAUACCUAUGUUGAACCUGAUUUUGCUUUUGUGGGAACCUCUAAUUCGAGAUCUAUUUCGAGUAGUAUAGAGUUGAAUGAAGUUCGUAGUAAUGGUGACAUCUCUGGUAAUUGCUACAAUUGUGGUCAACUGGGCCAUAGAUUCCGAAACUGUUCCGCAGCUCGGAGAAUUUUUUGCUUUAAGUGUGGUAAGGCACUAGCUGGUCGACAAGUUCCUUCCCCGAAUAGUCCUUCGACCAACCCGAUUAGUGACAAUAGUGAGACUGUCAUUAGGAGAAAAAUUUUCCUCGAUUUCGUUUUUGCUCAGGUGUCAGGUGAUAUGCGUCCUUAUUUAGAAGUAUCCGUGCUAGGUUGUCCUUUAGUUGGUUUAUUAGAUUCUGGAGCCUCUAGAACAUUAGUGGGUAGCCCGGGCUACGAAAUUUUGAAGCGGGUAGGUCUAGUACUGAAACCUGUUGAGACUGCAUGUACUGUUGCGAAUGGUCAGUCAUGUGUGAGUAUAGGGUAUAUUUCGACUCCUAUAUGUUUAAUGGAUAAGACCCGAAUUAUCGACAUUUUAGUUGUUCCUCAAUUACCACAUCGGCUCAUUUUGGGAAUAGAUUUUUGGAUGUCUAUGGACAUUGUUCCUGAUUUUAGGCAGAGUAUUUGGCAUUUUUCUGAGUCUGAUCCGGUAGUGCAAGCGAAUAGUAUUCAAAGUAGUUCUGCUUUAAGUCCUUCCCAGAGAGAAGCUCUGGAUACAUUGGUUGCAAGAAACAAGCAGCUAAUGGAAACUUCCAGGGGACUGACUCAUCUUGUUGAGCAUGAGAUUGAGCUUGUACCUGGUACCAAACCGAUAAAACAACGAUACUACGCUGUCUCUCCGGCUAAACAACAAAUUAUCGACGAGGAG